AUGAGUGAGAAUCCAUACCUAUCGCUGAGUCAAGCGACCAUUGAUUCCCGGUCAAAUUCCCCCUCGGCUUUAUUCUGUCAAAAGUCAAUAAUAGAUACUGCCAGCGAGCUCCAAACUGAUAUAAAAUUCGGGUUAACUGACAAUCAGGAUAUUCUUACUAGAAAGUCUAUACACGGAGCAAACGAAUUGAAUAAUGACGUUGAAGAGAGUCUACUUUUAAAAUUCUUGUCGAGUUUUUACCAAGAUCCAUUGAUCCUAUUAUUAAUAGGGUCGGCACUAAUAAGUUUUUGGAUGGAAAAUAUAGAUGAUGCUAUUUCCAUUACGUUGGCUAUUUUCAUUGUGGUAUCAGUUGGGUUUGUUCAAGAAUAUAGAUCAGAGAAAUCCUUAGAAGCAUUAAACAAGUUAGUUCCUGCCGAAGCCCAUUUGACUAGAAAUGGGAAUGCUUCCAAUGUUUUAGCAUCGACUUUAGUUCCAGGUGAUUUGGUUCACUUUGGACAAGGGGAUAGAAUUCCCGCUGAUGUCAGAUUGGUGGAUGCUGUCCAUUUGUCCAUUGAUGAAAGUAACUUGACUGGUGAAAACAGACCGGUAAAGAAGUAUGUUGAGUCAGUGUUGAACGAAAAAGAUGAGUCCAUUCCGAUUACCCAAAGAAACUCAAUUGCAUACAUGGGUACAUUGGUACGUGAUGGUCAUGGGGCUGGUAUUGUAGUAGCUACGGGGGCUAAAACCGAGUUUGGUGCAGUUUUUGAAAUGAUGUCUGAGAUUGAAAAACCUAAAACUCCUUUACAACAAGCCAUGGAUAAGCUAGGUAAAGAACUUUCCCUCUUCAGUUUCAUUAUCAUCGGGAUCAUCUUUUUGCUAGGUGUAAUUCAAGGCAAAGCAUGGUUAGAUAUGUUUCAAAUUUCUGUUUCCUUAGCUGUUGCUGCCAUUCCUGAAGGGUUACCAAUUAUUGUGACCGUUACUUUGGCUUUGGGUGUGUUAAGAAUGGCAAAGAGAAAGGCCAUUGUUAAGAGAUUACCAAGUGUUGAAACCUUGGGAAGUGUCAAUGUUAUUUGUUCUGAUAAAACGGGAACAUUAACCCAGAACCAUAUGACAGUAGUAAAAAUGUGGGCUUAUGAUUUCAAUGGUACCUCUAAUAACCCCUUCUUGGUAGUGGAAAGAUUCAAUGAUGAAGCUUUACACAAAAAAUUGACCGGAAAUAUGAAGAAAGUCUUGGAAGUUGCUAACAUAUGUAACAACUCCAGAUUUUCUACCGAAAGUGAAAAAUACGUUGGUAAUGCUAGUGAUAUUGCCUUGGUUGAAUGUUUGCCACACUUCCUGUUGGAAGAUAUGAGGAACACAAAAGAAAGGUUCUACGAAUUACCAUUCUCUUCCCAAAGAAAGUACAUGUCUGUGUAUACCCACUCCGGUGAUAUGAGCAAAUCUGAAGCUUUUGUGAAAGGUGCAACAGAAAGAGUCUUAGGACUCUGUUCCAGGUACUAUGAUAACUCAGGGAAGAUAAAACCAAUUACUGAAGCCAUCAAGAAGGAAAUCUUGGAUAAAUCUCACGAGUUAGCUAAUGAUGGAUUGAGAGUUCUUGGGUUUGCCAGAAAUAAUAUCAAAAUAACUGAGAAAGUAGACCUGAACAGCCAGAUUGAACCAAGUGAUUUAAUAUUUUGUGGGUUAGUUGGUAUGAAAGAUCCUCCUAGACCUAACGUUGAAAAAUCUGUUGCCUUAUUGAUGAAAGGUGGUGUUCAAGUUGUCAUGAUUACUGGUGACUCUCCAUCCACUGCCACUAACAUCGCCAAACAAAUCGGAAUACCAAUCAUCAAUGAACGGUCAGUAAUGACCGGAGAUCAAAUUGAUAGUUUGAGUGAAGAAGCUUUAGCAGAAGUCAUCCAGAAUGUUUCCGUUUUCGCAAGAACUACACCCGAACACAAGGUGACUAUUGUCAAGGCUUUCCAAAGAAGAGGUGAUAUUGUGGCAAUGACAGGUGACGGUGUUAAUGAUGCACCAGCCUUGAAAUUGGCUGAUAUUGGUAUUGCAAUGGGUAAGAACGGUACAGAUGUCGCCAAAGAAGCGGCUGACAUGGUGUUGACUGAUGACGAUUUUUCCACUAUUUUGAAUGCCAUUGAAGAAGGAAAGGGAAUCUUCUACAACAUUCAGAACUUUAUUACCUUCCAAUUAUCAACUUCUAUUGCUGCUUUAACGUUAAUUGCCUUAUCGACUUUUUUUGGUUUACCCAACCCAUUAAACGCUAUGCAAAUUUUGUGGAUUAACAUAUUGAUGGAUGGACCUCCAGCCCAAUCUUUGGGGGUUGAACCUGUUGAUCAUGAAGUAAUGAAGAAGCCCCCAAGGAAGAGAACUGACAAGAUUUUAACCAGCAGCUUGAUAAAGAGAGUAUUACAAUCAUCUGGUAUUAUUAUUAUUGGUACCUUAUACAUUUUUGUCAAAGAAAUGACUGACAAUGAAAUCACCGCUAGAGAUACAACCAUGACUUUUACCUGCUUUGUGUUAUUUGAUAUGUUCAAUGCAUUAUCAUGCCGUCAUUACUCCAAGUCAAUCUUCAAGAUUGGGUUGGGAAACAGAAUGUUUAACUUGGCAGUGGCCGGAUCCCUCGUUGGCCAAUUCUGUGCAAUUUAUGUACCAUUCUUCCAAGGUAUCUUUCAGACAGAGGCUUUGUAUUUUAUUGACUUAGUCCACUUAGUCUUAUUAUGCAGCACUGUGUUUAUUGGUGACGAGAUUAGAAAAUAUUACUUCAGGAAAAAGUUACCUUUCAUUACUCACUACAAUGAAGUCUGA